GCUCCAAUCCCCUCCCUACAUAAUGCUCUCUUCCUCCAUCCCUCACCACCGCCAGCAAUUCCGACAGGAUGUCGUCUUUUGCCGUCAGGUUCAUGGUGCCCUCGUUGCCAAAUUCCGGCCGCCUGAGGACGAGGGUGUGCGCCAGUCCGGCGCAGACGGUGGCGCCGUCGCCGUCAGGGGCGGCGGAGAUCGAGGCCGGGAGGCUGGAGCCGAGGGUGGAGGAGAGGGAAGGGUUCUGGGUGCUGAAGGAGGAGUUCAGGGCGGGCAUAAAUCCUCAAGAGAAGGUGAAGCUGGAGAAGGAGCCGAUGAAGCUGUUCAUGGAGAAUGGGAUUGAAGAGCUUGCUAAGAUGUCUCUUGAAGAGAUUGAUAAAUCCAAGCUCACCAAAAAUGACAUCGACGUCAGGCUCAAAUGGCUUGGCCUUUUCCACCGGAGGAAGCAUCAGUAUGGUAGAUUUAUGAUGAGACUGAAGCUACCAAAUGGCGUAACGACAAGCGCGCAGACUCGCUAUCUAGCCAGUGUUAUAAGGAAAUACGGGAAAGAAGGGUGCGCAGAUGUGACUACAAGGCAGAACUGGCAAAUUCGUGGGGUGGUAUUGGGCGAUGUGCCAGAAAUACUCGAGGGUCUGGCCGAAGUGGGCUUGACGAGCUUACAGAGCGGAAUGGACAAUGUGAGGAACCCUGUUGGAAAUCCUCUUGCAGGGAUCGACCCGCAUGAAAUUGUUGAUACCAGGGCUUACACGAACUUGUUAUCUCACUUCAUCACUGCCAAUUCUCAAGGCAAUCCGGCUUUCACUAACUUGCCAAGAAAGUGGAAUGUGUGUGUAGUGGGUUCUCACGACCUAUUUGAGCAUCCCCACAUCAAUGAUCUGGCUUACAUGCCGGCCACAAAGGAUGGGCGAUUUGGAUUCAAUUUGUUGGUGGGCGGAUUCUUCAGCCCCAAGCGGUGUGCUGAAGCAGUUGCUCUCGAUGCCUGGGUUCCAGCAGAUGACGUGACCCCGGUGUGCAAGGCAGUGCUGGAAACUUUCAGAGAUCUGGGCACCAGAGGGAACAGGCAAAAGACAAGGAUGAUGUGGCUGAUUGAUGAACUGGGGAUUGAGGGGUUCAGAUCAGAGGUAGUGAAGAGAAUGCCUCGACAAGAGCUGGAGAGAGCAGCGGGCUCUGAAGAUUUGGUUCAGAAGCAAUGGGAGAGGAGAGACUAUCUGGGUGUCCAUCCUCAGAAACAGCAAGGCUACAGCUUCGUGGGCCUUCACAUCCCGGUGGGUCGCGUUCAGGCUGACGACAUGGACGAGCUGGCACGCCUCGCUGACGAGUACGGUUCGGGAGAACUCCGGCUGACGGUGGAGCAGAACAUCCUAAUCCCCAACAUCCCCAACUCGAAGAUUGAAGCCCUGCUAAGAGAGCCUCUUUUGCAGGACAGGUUCUCGCCAUCGCCCCCCAUUCUAAUGAAAGGACUGGUAGCCUGCACCGGCAACCAGUUCUGCGGGCAAGCCAUAAUCGAGACCAAGGCCCGGGCUCUGAAGGUGACGGAGGAGGUGCAGAGGCAGGUGGCGGUUACCCGGCCAGUGAGGAUGCACUGGACAGGCUGCCCCAACACCUGUGGGCAGGUUCAGGUGGCCGAUAUCGGAUUCAUGGGAUGCAUGACAAGGAACAAAACUGGGAAAGCUGUGGAAGGAGUUGAUGUGUACUUGGGAGGAAGGAUUGGGAGUGAUUCACAUCUGGGAGAGCUCUACAAGAAGGCUGUGCCUUGUGAAGAUUUGGUGCCCCUGCUUGUUCAAAUUUUGGUCGAUCACUUUGGAGCUGUUCCCAGGGAGAGGGAAGAAGGGGAAGAGUAGAUUAGAUUAGAUUCGAAGAUUUGGCCAAAUUGGUUCAUCGAUUGCUCCUCAUUAGGCAAGAAACUAUAAGUAAGAGAUGUUCUUGCUCAAGAGUUAUGGUGCUUUAAGAUUUUGGAAAUUUCAAUAUAUAUAUAUAUAUAUAUAUAUAUGAUUGCUUAUAAAGCUUUUUUUUAAUCUUCUUCA